AUGGCCUUCCUCUGGAUCAUCUCCUGCCUCGCCUUUGUCAGCGCCGCCUAUGGCUGCGGUACCCCCGCCAUCCCCCCCCAGGUGACCGGCUACGCCCGCAUUGUCAAUGGUGAGGAGGCAGUGCCUCACUCCUGGCCCUGGCAGGUGUCUCUCCAGCAAUCCAACGGCUUCCACUUCUGUGGAGGAUCCCUCAUCAACGAGAACUGGGUGGUCACCGCCGCACACUGCAACGUCAGGACCUACCACCGUGUGGUCGCUGGAGAACAUAAUAAGGGCUAUGGCUCCAACGAAGUAGUCCAAGUGCUGAAGCCUGCCAAGGUGUUCACCCACCCCAGGUGGAACCCCCGCACCAUCAACAAUGACAUCAGCCUUAUCAAGCUGGCCACCCCUGCUCGCCUGGGCACCAAUGUGUCCCCUGUCUGCCUUGCUGAGUCCACCGAUGUCUUCCCUGCCGGCAUGACCUGCGUUACCACCGGCUGGGGUCUGACCCGCUACAACGCUCCCAGUACUCCCAAGAUGCUGCAGCAGGCUGCCCUGCCCCUGCUGUCCAACGAGCAAUGUAAGAGAUACUGGGGCAGCAACAUCUCCGAUGUGAUGAUCUGUGCUGGAGGAGCUGGAGCCACUUCCUGCAUGGGCGACUCUGGCGGUCCUCUGGUCUGUCAGAAGGAUAAUGCCUGGACUCUCGUCGGUAUCGUGUCCUGGGGAAGCAGCCGUUGCUCCACCUCCACUCCUGGCGUCUACGCCCGUGUCACUGAGCUCCGCGGUUGGGUCGACCAGAUCCUCACCGCUAACUAAACAAUCAGAGGUUGAGCCACCACCGCUGGGUACAACUUACAAACUCCCUGAGCCCUGAGCCCUGACCCUCCCCGGCCUGGCAGCCCCCCCCCCA